CGCGCAGAUUUUUUCUGAAGCAAAACUCAUCUCGAUGCUCGAAACCAGUCAACCAAUCUAUUUUUCUUCCAACAACAUGUAUCGAUUCGUCUUGCUCGUACUCACCAUUGCAUCCGUGACGGCCUUUCAAGCCAGCAUUCCUCGUUUCGCCGUCGUUCAACAGGAUGAUUUUUCCUCCACUGCUCGUUUCGUCAUGACAGAAGAAGAGACGCAGGCUAUUCUCAAGUCGGCGACAGAUUGUGCUGAAGGAGAAUGCUCUAUCGACGAUGUCUCGGAGUUGCUCUUUGAACUGAAGGAGCAAGAAAAAGUCCUUUCCAGUCGUCUGGACAAGAUUAUGAAUCAAAUUUCGCGUCUCCAGAACGCGAACGAAAAAGAAGAACGCAAGGUAGAUGAGGUUCGUAGCUUUGUGAAGGAUGUCCUUUCAGUCUUCCAGCACGACAAGGUUGGCAAGUAUUCGCCUAACGCUUAUUCGGGAAGUAUCGGCGAUGGUCCUACUACAGCCUACGAUGCGCUUCCUCCUAAGAAGUGGAAGUCUAGCACUUAGUUGUCGUGCAGUGAAUAAUAAGUGCUCUCAUGUUAGACCUUCCGACCCGAUACGACAAUUUGUCGGUCAAUAGCGUCAUGUCAAUAUAGCUAAUGAUAUAAUUCAUCUUGCUACUGUCG